CAAGAUAUGAGGCAAAUUCUUAAAGAAGAACCAGUACCACGUGCUUGGCCACAACCUGCUCUUGCUGAUAACGCAUCGGUUGGUGUCGGAAGAGCACAUUUCGAAAAGCAACCACCGAGUAAUUUGAGAAAAAGUAAUUUUUUUCAUUUUGUUAUUGCUCUAUACGAUCGAGGUGGUCAGCCAAUCGAAAUCGAAAGGACCGCUUUCAUUGGAUUUGUUGAAAAAGAUCAGGAGUCGGAGGGACAAAAAACGAAUAACGGAAUUCAAUAUAGACUUCAACUUCUCUACGCCAAUGGUCACAGACAAGAGCAAGAUAUCUACGUUAGACUUAUCGAUUCGUCGACAAAACAGGCUAUUAUGUACGAAGGUCAGGAUAAAAAUCCAGAGAUGUGUAGAGUUUUGCUGACCCAUGAAGUUAUGUGUAGUCGGUGCUGUGACAAAAAAAGUUGUGGUAACAGAAACGAAACACCUAGUGAUCCUGUUAUCAUUGACCGGUUCUUUCUCAAAUUCUUCCUCAAGUGUAACCAAAAUUGUCUUAAAAAUGCUGGCAAUCCGAGAGAUAUGCGACGAUUUCAGGUUAUUAUUUCAACACAAGUUGGAGUGGAUGGUCCACUACUUGCUGUUUCGGAUAAUAUGUUUGUCCACAAUAACAGUAAACAUGGACGUAGAGCUAAACGUUUGGACCCGAGUGAUCAUGGAGAGUAUAAUAAAUUGAUAUAUUGCACCGCAGACUGUAUGAUGCAUUACAAAGGUUUAUAUCCAGCAUUACCGUUGCAAACUCCUUGUAUAAAAGCAAUAUCACCUAGUGAAGGUUGGACUUCAGGCGGAUCAACAGUGAUUAUUAUUGGCGAACAUUUCUUCGAUGGAUUACAAGUAGUUUUUGGAUCUAUGUUAGUUUGGAGUGAGCUAAUUACGGAUCAUGCUAUUAAAGUUCAAACGCCACCACGACAAACGCCUGGUGUAGUCGAAGUGACGUUGUCGUAUAAAAGCAAACAAUUUUGUAAGGGUUCACCAGGAAGAUUUAAUUAUGUUUCUCUGAAUGAACCAACAAUCGCUUACGGCUUUGAUAGACUACAAAAAUUAAUUCCACGCCAUCCGGGUGAUCCAGAAAAAUUACCGAAAGAAAUCAUUCUUAAAAGAGCUGCUGAUUUAGCAGAAGCUCUUUAUAGUAUGCCAAGAACAACAUCAGCAGGUAAUUCAGCAAUCACUGGUGGAGCGCCAAGAAGCCCAGGCUCAAAUCAUGUACCUGUACCUACAUCCAGCUCUGCCAAUACAUCUUUUAAUUCUUAUACAGGUCAAUUGGCAGUUACUGUACAACAACAAGAGAAUGGCAGUAGCAGUACAGCAAAAUGGACUGAUGACGGAAAUACUGUGAGCACGGGAGCUAGUGGUGGUGAAAGAGGAGGUGGGGGAGCAAGUAGUAAUACCAGUAGUAGCAGCAGCAGUAGUAGCAGUAGCGGCAGCGUAGGAGGUAGUAUUGACACAUAUCGACAAAGUAGUAGUGCAAGUCCAAGAGGAGUAAUAAGCAAUAGCAGUGGAGGCAGUGGAGCGGGUGGUGGUAGCAGCUAUUGUGGAAGUACGGCAAGUACACCCCAAAGUUAUACGACUGGUGGAAAUUAUUCAGCUGUGGUUAAUCCUUAUACCAUCAGUCCAACUUUUUACACUUCUCCACACGAACAAUAUGGCAUUUUCUAUUCACCUGGAGAUGUGGGAGGAGGGAGUGCAUUUGCCCCCGUUGUCCGACAACCGACAACCACCGCUUCAGUUGCAUCACCGCAUUGGUCCACACAACAUCAUCUUGCCGCAGCUGCUCAGUAAAGUGUUACGCGUGUGUUAAUGACUACAUACUCUAUGAACAUCAUCACCAUCAUCGUAAUCAUCAUUUUCAUUAUUACCAAAAAUGAAACAACUACUUAAACGAAUGUCUGCAAAGUUUAUACGAAAAUGACAUAAAAUAAUAAUAUUUACUUCAAAAACGUAAAAAUUUAGACAAUGGGUUUUACAUAUCAAUAUAAAAUUAUAUAAGUUAUCACUAUUUUAGAAAAAAUGAACUACUUUAAGAUGAAAUAUUGUAAGUUACAAAUUAACAAAUUACAUUGUAUGUAGUGAUGCUGGUAAUGGUAAUGGUGAUUAUGUCAUAACCAAAAAUGACGAUUUAAGAUAAGAUUUAUCUCGCUACUGCUAUUGUUGUUAAUCUUAUUAAAUAAGAAUUUUAAAAACUCAAAUUGGUGAACUGCAAAAAAUAAUUAUUGAUCUAUUUAUAUUCGAUCUAUCUUUUACUUUUUCUUAUAGUUAUGCAUUUAUCCUCUGAUAGCAAUGUUGCAGUUUAGAAAAAAAUGAAAAAACUAACCCUGAAAGCAAAAUAGGUUAUUUCAAUGAUUUCAAAAAGUAUUUUUAAAAUCAAAAAUUUUGCUGACCAUGUAUAUUCAUGAUUAUAAUCCACAUAUUAAGGCAUCUAUAAUAUUUCAUGGUAAUUCAAAGACGAAAAACUAUCUACGUAAAUCUAUGUAAUUCUAUCGAGUUUUACGUAGACUUGAACUAAUGCGUUCGAAAAUCAAAAUUGAAAUUUAUAAAUCAAACUUAUCAGGAUUUCAUUUGCAAAUUUCAGGAUGCUUUUGCAUGGAA